AUGUUCCUCGCGAAUAACCGACUCCAGUCUACAGAUACUGAUGACCUGGAGAACAACAACCUUGAUAACACGAUUCUGGAUUCUGAGCGGUUACUGGAUUCUGAACGGUUCGACUUGCUUAUCAUUCAGUUGCGCCAUCAUUACGACGAUCUGGUCAAGAUCUUCAGGACAAUAAGAAAUUUCAUAUUGCCUCCGAUAUCUGUCUACAUGAGUGAAAAUGAUGGUGUAUGGUACCCAAAAGCUUUGGUGACACAGUUUGGUAGACCAUCCUACUGCGACUGGGAGUGCUCUCAACCUUCAACAGUCCACAUCAUCCCCUUAUAUCACUUGGAUAUACAACAAGGAUUCGAAAAGGUUGGUACGAAGUGGAUCGAGGUUCACAAGAGGUUAAAUCGAGCCGACGAUACGAUUUAA